AUGGAUCAUAAUACAGCCGGAAAACCAAAUCUCGCCGGAAACAUUCUAGUCCGUCUUCUCUCUUUCAUCGUCCUUAUAUUCCUCGCUAGAUUCGCUUACCUGAUCACCGUCGUCCGAAGCAAUUCCUAUUCCGACACUAUCAUUUACAACUCCGAUGAUACCGCCGGAAGAAACAACGACGACGACGACAACGAUUCUCAGCAAAUCGCUUCCGCCGAUCGUGUUCUAAGUUACUAUUCAUCCGUCUUCCAGGAUUUGAUCGCCGACGGUUUCUUAUCACCUGAUUCAAAAGCUCUCUGUAUAGGAAAAACUCCAUCCGGACUCGAAACAAUCGCAUUGAAACGAAUAGGAGUCACCGGAUCGGUAGCAUUUUCAGAAGCAUUUCCUUUCAAAAGAAACAAGUUCGAUUUCAUCGUCUCUGUUGCGGAUAGCGGUUUGGAUUCAUCGCUUGAGCCUGGGAGAUUAGCGUAUGAAGUUCUUAGAACGCUGAAGCCAGGAGGUUUCUUCGUUGUCCAUACAUCGGCGAAAGAUGAGUACAGUCUAAAUUCAUUACUCGACUUAUUCAAUUCAUGCCGGUUCAUCAGAUCGAGAGAAAUCGACGGACUCGAUUCGUCGUGGUCGUCUGUCCGUGAGAUUGUAUUAAAGCGUGAGAACUGGAUUCUAAACCAUAAGCAAGAUUCCAAUAAAUGCUCUGUUUCACGGCAUAAACUGGAUUUAGUUAAGAAUGCGGAGCCUCUGAUAUUGGAAGAGCCAUUAAAGCCAUGGAUAACGUUGAAAAGGAAUGUAAGAAACAUCAACUAUUUAACUUCAAUAGUCGAUAUUAGAUUCAAGAACAGAUACAUUUACAUCGACGUUGGAUCUAGAAACUACGGUUCAAGUAUUGGAAGUUGGUUCAGGAAACAAUAUCCAAAACAGAACAAGACAUUUGAAAUAUACGCAAUGGAAGCUGAUAAAGCCUUUCACGAAGAAUACAAACGGAGGAAGAAGAUCACUCUGUUACCCUACGCAGCGUGGGUGAGAAACGAGACCUUGUUCUUCGAAAUAAGUCGAGAACAAAGUAGGAAGAAUGGGGAAAGAGGACGAGGUAUGGGAAGGAUACAAGGUGUGCAGUCAUCUAGUAAUUUCAUGGGGGAUUCGGAGAAGAUUCAGGGAAUGGAUUUUGCAGAGUGGUUGAAGAAGAGUGUAACGGAGAGGGAUUUUGUUGUGAUGAAGAUGGAUGUUGAAGGGACUGAGUUUCAUUUGAUUCCUAGGUUGGUGGAGAGUGGAGCUAUUUGUUUGAUUGAUGAGAUAUUUCUUGAAUGUCAUUAUAAUCGAUGGCAGAGAUGUUGCCCUGGAGAAAGGAGUUCUAAGUAUGGGAAGACUUAUGGAGAUUGUUUGGAGCUUUUGAGAUCUUUGAGGAAGAGUGGAGUUCUUGUUCAUCAGUGGUUUUGAUUGACAGGUAUGUCUGAUUGAUUAUUCUUUCUCUGUUUAGAAACUGUUGUGAAUAAUCAAGACAACA